AUGGAGUUGAGCAGGGUGGCAAAAAUGGUUCGAAGCAUUAGGAGAUGGCAGAAGCUCUCUAAUGGAGGAAGUGGCAAAAUAUCUAAGUCAAAUUACAGUGUUCCUCUUGAUGUCCCGGAAGGACACCUGGCUGUCUAUGCAGGAUUUGGGUGUGAAAUCAAGCGCUUUAUUGUACCUGCAGUUUACUUCAAUCAUUCACUGUUUCGGCCAUUGCUGGACAAGGUAGAAGAGGAAUUUGGAUUCAAUAACAGUGGACCCAUUCUUAUUCCCUGUAAACCUUAUCUAUUUCAACAGAUUCUCUGCCUUCUUGGUGGAGAUUGUAGUGAUAUGAGCAAUUGGAAUAACCAGCAAGUGAUAGCAUGGAUGAGUGAAAUGGAAAUGGUAGUUUCUGCGGAUCUCAGUACUUCAUCUAAUUCUCUUUGCUUACGACCAAAACGGAUUAGUUUUGUGACAGGUUGUUGA